UUACAUCUACGGCAUAACCCUUUUAUGCAUUACAACAUUUUACACAUACAAAAUUAGAAACUUUGACAGCCCCUCCUCAGAAUUUCCCCCUGUUUUGAAGCUCAGCGGUGAUGGCGGACUUUUCACGAGGCUUCUUAGUGCUAUGCUUUUUAUUGAUUGCAGGAUGCAUUAACUGCCAGAAACCAGAAGACAGAGCUGAACCAAAGCUGAAGUAUAGACUUUGUGAUGAAUAUGUGCUUACUGGACGUACUGCUGGGGAUUUAAAGCCUAUGACACUCUGGCAUGUGAACUGUCAUUAUCCAGGUUAUUAUUCUGUUGGAGAUAUGGUUAAACAAGGCACUCGCCCGCCGCGUCACAGGGCUGUAUUAGUGAAGGAUGAGAAUAAUCUGCUUCAUCGCCCCACAACAGCCAGGCAGAUUUGGAGAUCUCCAAAUGAAGGAAAAGAUGGAUUUACAGUUUAUGAGAUGGUUUGUCCAGAAGGAUUUAAAGCUAUGGGGGAUAUUGUUGUUGAAGGCUUUGAGCGACUACCUGACCUGCACCGUUACAUGUGUGUUAAUGAAGCUGUGUUAAUACAAGGAAAACGGCAUCCUAUCUGGGAUGACAUUGGCAUUAAAGAAAGGGUGAAUAUUGGAGUAUGGGCAGUUGAAAAACUUCACAAAACACAAGGUAUAGAUGCAGGAACUUUUGUGUCUGGGACUACUGAUUACCAUGUGCAUUCUAGAGAUAUCCUUGUUCUGAAUCCACAUAAAGUCAUGCUUGAUGAACGUGCAUCUGUUCAGUUGAGGCAAAAGUCUGAUACUGGUUUUCCUUGCAAACUUGUGUGUUACAUCACCAACUGGGCACAGUACCGUCCUGCUCCUGGAAAGUUUUUCCCUAAAAAUACAGAUCCAAAUCUCUGCACUCAUGUCAUCUUCGCCUUUGCAGUUAUAAAGUCUAAUCAGAUCCAAAGUUUUGAAUGGAAUGAUGAAAGUCAACUUUACCCUGAAACACAAGCACUUAAGCAGAGAAAUCCAGCCUUAUUGACUCUGCUAGCUAUUGGAGGAUGGAACUUUGGUGCAGGAUUCAGCGAAAUGUUAUCUACAGAGUCCAAUCGCAAGAUCUUCAUCGACUCAGUAAUGGUGUUUCUGCGGCGUCAUGGAUUUGAUGGGGCAGAUCUGGACUUUGAAUAUCCAGGUGCUCGGGGUAGUCCCCCUGAGGAUAAACAUCGUUUCACUUUGCUGGUACAGGAAAUGCACGCAGCUUUUGAAAAAGAGAGCAGAAAAACUGGGCAGAAGAGGCUGUUGCUUACUGCAGCUGUUGCUGCUGGCAAAUCAACCAUUGAUGCUGCAUAUGAAAUUAAAGAAAUAAAUGAACAUCUAGAUUUUAUUAGUGUGAUGACCUAUGAUUUCCAUGGUGGUACUUUUGAUAAAGUCACAGGGCACAAUAGCCCUCUGUAUGCUGGUGAUCACCCUGAAGAAGACCCAAGUUUCAACUGUGAAUUUGCCAUAAACUACUGGAUCAAAAAUGGUGCUACUCCUUCUAAACUUCUCAUGGGAUUCCCCACAUAUGGACGCACUUUCAAGCUUACCACCACUGACACAUCCGUGGGUGCCCCUGCCUCUGAGGAGCCUGCUGCUGGACAGUACACAAGAGAGGGAGGCUUCUGGUCUUACUAUGAGGUUUGUGAUGCUCUGAAAAAUGGUGCUACUGCUGAGUGGAUUGAUGACCAAGCAGUCCCCUACGCCUACAAAGAUUCUGACUGGGUUGGCUACGACAACAAAGUUAGCUUUCGAUACAAAGCUCAGCUUUUGAAGGACAAAUGCCUUGCCGGAGCCUUGAUAUGGGCAGUGGACUUGGAUGACUUUGUGGGCUCCUUCUGUGAUGAUGGACCUUACCCUCUUCUGACAGAGUUGAAGAAACUGCUUUCAGGCAAUGUAUGUGGCGGCUCUGGAGCUAUCGUGCCAACGUAUAACCCUUUGCCCACUGAAACUCCAGGACCAGUCACGACUCCUCCACCCACCACCCCUUUACCCACUGAAGACUUUUGCAAAGACAAACCAAAUGGAAAUUACGAAUACCCCCCAGAUCCACAUAAAUUCAUUUCUUGUUCCAAUGGAUACACGUAUAUCAUGGAUUGUCCAGCAGGUCUAGUCUACAAUCCCGCGCUAGACAGGUGUGAGCAGCCAAGUUCGUCCCUUACAGUUGGCCAAUCUGGUUUAUUUGAGGAUGACUUUUGUGAAGACAAAUCUGAUGGAAAUUAUCCUUACCCAAGAGACCCAGAAAAAUACUACUCUUGCUCUAAUGGGAAAACAAAGCUUAAAAAAUGCCCAUAUAAUCAGGUGUUUAUUAUUGCCCAGGGCAAAUGUGGUCCACCACUUGAACCUUGAUUUAUGGAUUAGCAUUGUAAAAAACAAAGCUGAAUGUAAUAAGCUUAUCUCUGUCAUGAAAUCCUCAGAAAGAGUGCAUUUACUCUGAAGAAUUAAAAAUUUGUCCAGGAGAUCUAUAGUUGCUUCCAGCUGUGGGCCUUCUCUCACAUUAAAUGAUCACUUU